GUUUUAUCUAAUAUUUCUUAGAUGUUCUUUCUUCCCUUUUUUCCCUAAUAAGAAUGCAGGACCUUUCUACGAAUGGGUUGGAGCUGGAUUAACAAGUGUCAAGAUUGCAGGGUUAGAUAAUGGAACCAUAGAUUUGUCUUCAAAUACAUGGAAGUAUAAGAUUGGCUUGGAAGGAGAGCAUCUAAGAAUUUUCAGUAAUGGCAUUGAUAACGUUAAGUGGAUUACCCCAUCGUUACCACCAAAGGAUCAAGCUUUGACGUGGUACAUGGUCGUUGUGGAUUCCCCGAAAGGAACUGAGCCUGUAGGGCUUGAUAUGAAAUAUAUGGGGAAAGGCCAGGCUUGGCUGAAUGGGAAAGCAAUUGGAAGAUACUGGCCGAGGAAAAGUUCUAUUAAUGAUAAAUGUAGUUCCAGUUGCAACUACAAGGGAAAUUUUUUCCCCGACAAAUGCAGAACAGGAUGUGGGGAACCGACUCAGAGAUGGUAUCAUAUUCCACUAUCUUGGUUCAAACCUUCUGGUAAUGUUCUUGUUAUUUUUGAAGAAAAAGGUGGAGAUCCUACAAGAAUUACAUUUUCAAGACGCCGGAUCUCCAAAAUAUGCAGUUCUGUAUCAGAGGAUUUUCCUUUUGUAGACCUGGAAAAUUGGGAAAAUGCAGUCAGGUCUAAUGGUGAAGGGAGAGCAACUCUCCAUUUAGACUGCCCUGAGAACUCUUCAAUUUCCUCUAUUAGGUUUGCCAGCUACGGAAAUCCAAGUGGUGCAUGUGGAUCCUAUCAACAAGGAAUCUGCCAUCAUCCCUCAUCUGUUCUUAUCAUUGAAAAGGUAUGUCUGAAUAAGACGCAGUGCACCAUCCCCUUCUUAGAAGGUGACUUCUCUAAAGAUUUCUGCCCCGGAAUCACCAAAUCUUUGGCAGUUGAAGCGGCAUGCAACUAGUGGGAUUUGGUUCUAUGUCAAGUUCAUUUCCCAUGUUUUUAGCAUGGAACUUAAUACUCUUCACCCAUAACGUUUUUGUAUUAAACCAGUUUGAAACUUAUUGUUUCAGUUUAGGCUAUUUGAAGGUUUCAGCCAAAAAUCAAGGGUUUUGGCUGAAAUUCAAGAGUUUAGGCGAAA